CCCGGAUGCAUUUGCAUAGGUUGUCCCAUGUGUUGGCCCGGAUUCGGCGCCAUGCCCGGAUGUCCAUGUUGCAGUCCUGGGUGUACACCGGGCGUAGGUUGGUAUGCGGCCAUCAUCUUGCUUCACCGUCCUUUAUGCGCUCCGUGUGUCCAAGACAAGACCAAGUGCGGGUAUCAGCCCUGCCAAUCGCGUCUUCACGAUCGCAACGUCACGCCGCCGGCCGGCAACUGGUCGAACAGCAGUCUCAGUCGCGAGGAGCAAUGCAUAGGAUGGUGCGAAGCUACACCGGGACUGAUAUUGGCAUCAGUGGUCCCGACACGUGCACUUCUCAGCCAAAAGGACUGCUCGGAUGGCGGGGUCGUUUCCACUGUGCGACAGGCAAGGUCGUCGCAGCACAGCGUGAAUUCUCCAAGUCACGAUGGGCCCUCGAGGGCGGAGAUGCGGCGUGGUUUGGAUAAGGUAGCGGGUGGAGGACAAUCACGCGCGAGUCCCGAGCGGCAGACAGUGUGGGCCGAACGUCGCAAAUCGCCGGAGGUCGCGGUCAAGUUUCGAUCGCUCGGACUGGGAGGUGAGAAGGCUGAGCUU